AUGGCUUCGACGGACGAAAAGAAGGUCGCUAAGACCAUUAACGACACAAAGACAGACGCAACUGUCCCCACAACAAGAGCUGACGAAGACGACGACGAAAUCCCAAUGCUUGUUUCGGGACCUCCUCCUACUGGCAUGUUCCAGACCCAGAGUGAACACCACUACAGCACAUUCGACGUGCCCCAGGUCGAAGACCGUGUGCCCAUCACCAUCAUCACCGGCUAUCUGGGCUCAGGCAAAAGUACACUGCUCAAUUUCCUCAGCAAACAGAAGGAAAAGAAGAUCGCCAUCAUUCUGAACGAGUUUGGAGACUCGGCCGAGGUGGAGAGAUCCCUUACUGUCACUCAAGACGGUCAGAUCUUUGAGGAAUGGCUCGAGCUCGACAACGGCUGUCUGUGUUGCACAGUCAAAGAUUCGGGGGUGGCGGCCAUCGAGAACCUCAUGACCAAGAAGGGCAACUUUGAUCUCAUCAUGCUGGAGACCACCGGAGUUGCGGAUCCAGGCCCUAUUGCUAACAUGUUCUGGCUGGACUCUGCGCUUGCAUCUUCCAUCUACCUCGACGGAAUUGUGACUGUGCUGGACGCAACCAACAUCGUAAAGUGUCUGGAUGACGUGACUGUCGACGAUGCACAUCAUGGGGAGAACAAGGAGCUUCAACCGCUAUCGACAGCCUGCAUCCAGAUCGCCCACGCCGACAUUCUUAUUCUAAACAAGGUCGACAAGAUUGGCUCUGCCGAAGAGCUCGAAUAUAUCAAGAACAGAAUCAAAGGUAUCAACGGCCUGGCACCGAUCAUCGAGACCACCUAUGGACAGAUUGAGCUGCCGAAAAUCCUCAACCUCAAGGCCUACGAAGAAAAAGUGAACCUUGAGCACGCACAUUCUCACGAUCACGGAUGGCAUGACCACAGAAUCACCACUGUUUCCGUUGGUUUUCCUCCUGUUUCGCUGCAGCAGGCUGAACAGCUCGAGAGCUAUAUCCAGCAGGCCACCUGGGACAACCAGUUAUUGGGAGUGCCCGUCGAGAUCCACAGAACAAAGGGUAAGCUGGUAGACACCAACGGAAACGUCCGAGUGAUCCAGGGUGUUCGAGAUACUUAUGAUGUUAUGGAUACCAGUCAGGUGGAGAAUCUGUCAGAAGUUGGACAUAAGCAUCCUUCCAAGCUCGUCUUCAUUGGAAAGAACCUCAGUAAGCAGCUCGUUCUCGAGAGCUUUGCCCGUUUCAUGGGCAUUACAGAUAUUAUUUAA